CCAAAGUUCUCUUCAUUUCAUAACAUCACAUCACAUCAAAGCUAUGAGAAGAAAAAGGGCGGCCAUCACAAGCCUCUUGGAUUCAACUUUAAGCCAUCCAAUAGUUACCAAAAACCCUCAAAACCCUAGAACUUUAGUCGAAGAAAUCGACGGUCUAGUCAGGGUUUACAAAGAUGGACACGUGGAAAGACCUCAUAUUGUUCCUCGUGUCAUGUGUACGUUACCUCUAGAACUUGGGGUGACAUGUAGGGAUAUAUUGAUUAACAAGUUUACAAAUAUAUGGGCACGAUUUUAUGUCCCGAAAGGCCAUGGCAAACUUCCUUUGCUCGUUUAUUUCCAUGGAGGAGGGUUUUGUGUCGGUUCGGCUGCAUGGAGUUGUUACCAUGAAUUUCUUGCACUUUUAGCAAGUAAAGUUGGUUGUGUGAUCAUGUCCGUAGAUUAUCGUUUAGCCCCUGAGAACCCUCUCCCGGCUGCCUAUGAAGAUGGGCGUAAGGCACUUAUGUGGGUGAAACAACAAGUUCUACGCAAAUCUAACACUUGGUGGUCAAAAAAAUGUGAUUUCACCAACGUGUUUUUGGCAGGCGACAGUGCUGGCGCUAAUAUAGCACAUAAUAUGACUAUAAGAUUUUGUGCUAACCGCGCACAUCUAAAACCAUUAAUCUUUAAAGGUAACAUUCUAAUCCAACCGUUUUUUGGUGGAGAAUCAAGAACGGAUUCAGAAACCCUCAUGGUACAACCGCCUGGCUCUGCGCUUAACCUAAAGGCCUCAGACACGUAUUGGAGACUUGCAUUACCGAAAGGGGCGAACCGUGACCAUCCAUGGUGCAACCCUUGUGCAAAAAAGUCAAAUAUGGUGGAAGGAAAGAGAUAUUUGCCCACAAUGGUAUGCUCAUCAGAAUUGGACAUCUUAAAAGAUAGGAAUAUGGAAUUUUGUGGUGUUGUGGGAACUUUAGGGAUAGAAGUGGAUCAUGUGGCGUAUAAAGGUGUUGGUCAUGCAUUCCAGAUUCUUGACAAAUCUCAUCUUUCACAAAUGAGAACUCAAGAAAUGAUUUCACAUAUCAAGGCAUUCAUCAUUAAGAGGAAGAAUAGAUAAUAAGUUAGUGGUACAAAAGUAUAAAAUUUACAUAAAUUAUAGUACUUCAAAUUUUAAUGUUAUUAUAUUAUGCAAAUCACUAUACUGUAAAAAGCUUCAUACUUACUAGUGUCAAAAAGUAUUGCAACUACAAUAAUAUUAAAAUUGUUGACACUUAUUGCCACACCUACUUUUUACCUUUUACAUGUUAUCUGCUAUUACUAGCACUACUUAUAAAAUUGUAAAUCCUUAUACAUGUAAAAUUUCAUGAUAGUUAAACAUA